GGGCGCCGGGGGGCGGCAGUCUCUCCUCAGCGGCUCCAGCGCUCGGCCGCGGGAACGUUAACGCCUUCCGAUGGAGAUAAAAGCAGUUGUCAGAAGAUAUGAAACAAGAAAUAAGACAGCAGGAACAGAACUGUCAUCAUCCAAAUCCCGAGUUGAUUGGAGACGUACUAAAAGGGAGCUCAUACUACUUGACAGCAAUGACGAAUCCUCAGGUACCUCUGAGGAGGAAGAACCUACUGCAUCAGAAGAUGAAGCAGACGAAAAAGAUGAAACUGUUGUGAAGAACAGCCUUUCAGAUCAGGAAGAGAAAAGCCACGAUGGGGAAGUAACAGAAGAUGGUGAGGAUGAGUACAUUGUGCCUGGGAAGCGUAAAAGGUUGAACACCUCUGUCUUGUAUGACAGCGAUGAAAGUGAGGACAGUGAUAUACUUGUUAGAAAAGUUUUUGCUAAACGCCAGUGUAUAAUGGAUGAAGAUGAGAGUUCCGAAGAACAGCAACCUGAUAAAACCUGCCCUGCAGAAAAUGUUUCUACUAAUAGGAAACAGAAAGUAUUUGCAAAAUUGAAAGAACUUGCAAGACAAAGAGCAACUCGGAGAUCCUGCAGCAGUGAAAAUUGUGAGGAUUCUAAUGAUGAAGCAGAAAUAGAAGAGGAACCACUCUGUCACUUGCCCCUCACACCAACAGAAGGUAGUGAAACUGACAGUGACAGCAUGAAAGAUUUUAUAGUAGAAGAAGAGGAAGAUGAUGAUGACAGCACAGAGCACGUAAAGAGUGAAAACCAGCCACAACAGAAGGAACUAAAUACAUCAAAUAGCGAGUUGCUGGCAUACUACGUCCCACACUUAUCUCGCUGUGAUCAUUAUGUACACUUCAAAAGAAUAGUAAAGGCUUUCCUCAUAAAUGCAAUUGAUGACACUUUUCUGAGCUCAUUGUAUGAUGGAACAAGACAAAAGAAGUAUGCGCAAGAUAUGUUGCUCUCACUUCAUUAUUUGGAUGACCGCUUCAUUCAGCCUCGUCUUGAGAACUUAAUCUCUAGAAGUCGCUGGAAGGAUCGAUAUAAGGAGCGUGUGGAUUGUUACCCAGACGUUCGCAUUAUCUUGAAAAAUCCAAAAAAUAUGUCUUGUCAGGCCUGUGAAUUGAAUCGGUAUUGUAAGUUUAAUGUGCUGCUCUCUGGAAAGCUUUAUAAUAGUAGAACUUUGGAAGCAGAUGACUUCAUGUCAGAUGACAAGCAGGUUUUGAAGGUUGGCAUGGUGUGUGCAAAUCGUACGAGAGUUUAUCAUCAUUUGAAGCACUUCAAAUACAAGUUGUAUGUGGAUUGCAGCUCUGUUGCAGAGUUGGAUGGUGUUGAGGAUGAACCAGUCAAAGACACAGUCGAACGGCUUUUCAGCCAGUUGGAAGACAGUGGGUGGAUUCAGAAGAGAUACGAUGCUCUUGAAGACUACAUGAAUGACGCAGACAGUUUCCAAGAAGAGAAAAUGGAUUAAGUGGUCAUACAGCUCUUUGAAAGACAUCUUGUAAAAAUUUGAAUGGCCUGCUUUAUCUGCAUGCACUUUAUCUCUGCUUGGUCUUCAAUAUUCUUUUUAGGCUGUGUUAUACUUAAAUCCAUAUACCUUUAAACUACUGUUUGAGAAUGUGCUGUAUCUUUUUUUCUCAUCUGUGUCAGUAAUAACCCAAAGUUUUACCAAAUUAGUCCUUCCAGUCUUACUGCAUAGGUCACUUUAAGUUUCCUUCUGUUCUUAAGAAUAACAUCUCAAUAUCUGUUUGCUUGUGAAAUAAAACUUCCACCUGUUUAUAUUGAGCUGCAUCAUAGGGAAGGUAGGAGAUGCUAAGACCUUUUGAAGUAGGUAUAUUUGGAAAGGUAAGACUAUGUUACACAAGAAUGUGUGACUUGCAUCUUACCUUCCUUGUUGCUCGUUCUAUGCAAGUAAGUCCAACCAUUUAGAAUGAUAGUUACAAUAAACAGGACCCAAAUGCAAAGAUCUAUUUCCCCUCUGAGGAAUCAGUAUAGCCUGUUGCAAGGCAACAGAGGAAAUAUUCUGCAGUUCUGACUACAUAGGCAGCGCAGUAGUCAUUCCUCUCUUUAGAGAGUAGGUGAUGAGUCACAUUACAGGCGUCAUACAGCCUGAGUCUGGCUUAGCCAUCUAAAUGAACACUUGGGCCCACUGUGCUGUCUCUGAUAAGCAGCUGGGGCAAUUUAGUGAGAUUUUAAACAUCAAAUUACGUUGUGCAAAUGUAAUGGCAACAACUUGCAGUAACUACAAAAUUAAGAGAAUGGAUGAAUGUGGGCAAGCAAGAAUUCUUCCAGUGUAACUUAACAGAAAGUCGGAGUUACUCAGAAUCAUGAUGCGUGGUUUACCUGAAUUGCGUGAAGCCCAAAUCAGAGUUCUUUGGGGCCAGGGGAGUAGAUUUUUGAGGCGUUAGGAAGGGUUAAGUACUGUAUUGUUCAUUCUGAAAAAUUGGACAUGACCUGGCAAUGU